UGAUUCUAAAAAAAAAUCAGUGACAAAUAGUUUACGAUUUCGGGGUUCAAGCAGGGAAAUUCUGGGGGUUUAACCUCUCGAGGUGCAUCCAAGGGUUGAAAUUCCCCCAAAUACCCUCGCUCCAACUAUUUUUUAAUAAUCACUGUACUCUAUGAAUCCACUUACUUGACAUUUGAGGAAUCGACAGCAGGGCGAGUCUCUCCACCGUCUGAGUUGGAGGGUAAUUCGUGGAUGAAUGAAAUCGUUGAGCUUUUUCACGAUGACUUAACCUCCCAAUAAAGUAGUCCGGGCGUGUGAGUCAUAUUUUUCAAAUUGCAUAACCUUCAGAGAGAGUUCAACCGGCUGAGACCGAGUUUUCUCCUCGAAUUGUCCAUAAACAAAGUUCGUUCGAAGGACUUGUCCUCUCCCAAGGUGCAAUUAAUUCCGAAUCAGUCAUCAUGAAGAAUAAAAAAGGGCAUAAAACCAGGAAACAAUUACUAGCCGAGAAGGAAGCAGCGUCUAAGCGUCUGGUGGACAAGGCGAAUGCUCAGGAAAAUCCUCUGGAGACUCUGGAAAAAUUCCAGAGUUACUCCGCACCUGAUGGAACAGUUUUCAAUCUUCAAUGUUCGAGGGUGGCAGAUCUUCCUGGGGAAACUCUCCCCUGGGUUUUCGACAUUAUGGAGAGGAACAUGAAGUCGAUGUAUGAGAAGUCGAAGUGGGGGUGGAACGAGAGCUCCAAGAGGAACGAAUUGACAGAACCCGGCGCCUGGUACCUCACAGCCAGAGUUGGGGACGAGCUCGUGGCCUUUUCACACUUUCGUUAUGAUCUCGAUGACAAAAUCGAGGUUCUCUAUUGUUAUGAACUUCAGUUGGAGGAGAAAGUGAGGAGAAAAGGCUUGGGGAGGUUCAUGAUGAAGUGUUUGGAGGGUCUGGCUGCUGAGAGUUGCAUGAAGAAAGUAGUUUUGACGGUUUUCAAACACAACGCUGAAGCCAGAUCGUUUUACGAGGCUUUAGGGUACAAGUUGGAUAGGACGAGCCCUGCUGACUGGGAGAGUCUGGACUACAUAAUCAUCAGCAAAUAAAUUUUUUCUGUAUUCCGUUUUUAAUUUUUUUUUACUGCAAAAAGGGGAGUAAAUAAAUCCAGGACUGAUUUUUCUA